AUGGCACCACCACCACUGUCGGACGUCACAGCCACCGCCGCCGGCAGUGGCGCUGCUGCCUUUCCUUCUUCAUGUCGACCAACAUGGAAAGGGCAAUACGCAAGUGGUCAUCACGGAUCACCUUCAUUGGUGUUAGAGGCUGUCGCUUCUCAAGAUUUAUGGAUUUGGCAUGCAUUUUUUGGGGUUGCGGGUUCCAACAACGACGUCAACGUUCUUGAUCAGUCGCCAACAUUCGACGAUCUUUUGAAUGGAAAAGCCCUGGAUGCUCCUUUCACGGUGAAUAGAAACGAAUACAAAUAUGGGUAUUACCUUACAGAUGUAAUAUAUCCUCAGUAUUCCACAUUCGUGAAGGCAUUCCGCCACCCGGUUGAAGAACGAGACAAAUUUUUUAAGAGAAGACAAGAAAGAGCACGUAAGGAUGUGGAACGUGCUUUUGGAGUGCUAAAGGCGAAGUGGCAUAUAGUCGAACAUGCAGCACGACCAUUGGAUUUAGAAACUUUACGAUAUAUCAUGUAUGCAUGUAUCAUAAUGCAUAACAUGGUAGUAGAAGAUAAAAGGAGAAAUAUUGCACACUAUAUCCCAACAGAGCCCAGACACGUUCAGUUUCAACCAGGAACAACAGAUUAUUUGCAUCGCGUUGUUGACAUUCAGGACGCAAAUAAACACAGACAACUUCGAGAGGAUUUAGCGGAUUAUAUCUUCUAUGGUAACAAUAACGAUAACGAAUAG